AGAGACUCUCAGGAGUCAAGCUGCCGUCACUCAUCUAACUACUUUCCGCGACCAACGAUAUAUAGUGUCAGUUGAAGAAAACUAACACAUAUGCCGCUGCUGUGUUUCGGGUAUAUUAAAGUUAUGAAACAAUGAUUGGAUGACACAAUUUGCAAAUACUGUUGCGACAGAGAGUUUUAUGUUGUAUAAACGCUUCCGAACACUGAUUGCUUCGUAGAGUGCAUUUUACGAGUGCUUGUAUCGGUUCCGAAUUCGCGCUAUUUUCGUUCGUCGUUCUGUAUUUUGUAUAAUUCCCACCGGAUGUCUUCUGGGCUGUAUUACUAUUCUGUAGGGAUAAUGUGUAAUUGAAUAGUUUGAAACGAAUUUGUUGCGCUUUUUUGAAAAUAAAUUGAACUGGUUAUACCCUGAGAUCGCAUAAUUGUCAUAUGAAAUAUAACUUCGGGUGCUUCAAAUGUUUUUAGCGUGCUAAAAUGAUUCAAUACACAUAUCAAGGCACAUGUUGAUACUCUUUUAUAUGCAAUGGGACAUUCCUAAUUUUAUUUCCGGUUCCAAAAUGGCUGCGCCCACAGUGUGUGUUCCAGGUCAGAGAAUAUUUCGGGAAGGUGCCAACUAUGUUGCUGGUGAGGGCACUUAUAAACGAAAUGGCUUCAUCUACUCCAGUCUGGCUGGUUUCCUUCAUGCUGAUGAAACUGAAGAAGGAAAGCUGGUGGAAGUAAGGGCUGAUGUGACCAAGAAUGUAGUUCCUGCCGUUGAAGCUGUUGUCACUGCUCGGGUUACAAACGUCAAUCCAAGGUUUUGUAAAUGUGCCAUCCUGAGCGUGGGAAAGACGCCUUUGAGAGAAACCUUCAGAGGAACUGUCAGACGAGAUGAUGUGAGAUCUACGGAGAAGGACAAGGUGGAGAUGUACAAGAGUUUCCGUCCUGGUGACAUCAUCGUUACCCGAGUUUUAUCACUGGGAGAUGCACAUUCCUAUCUUCUGAGCACUGCAGAAAAUGAGUUGGGAGUUGUCAUGGCAACAAGUGAAGCAGGGGGCAGCAUGGUGCCGGUCAGCUGGUGCAAGAUGCAGUGUCCUCGCACUCUGGCUGAAGAGUUCCGUAAAGUUGCCAAGGUCCAGAAACAGUUCAUCCAGGAUGGCGGAACAUAGCUGUUGUCUGUCGUCUCUGUACCAUCAUCUUGUAAAUAAAUCGUUUUGUAUG